AUGGCUCAUACAGUUGCACUCUUGGGGCCAAAUGGACGUGUUGGUGCUUCCGCCCUGCGCCAUCUCCUUGUUGCUCAAAAGGCGGGAAGAAUCAAUCUUGUCCUUUUGCAUCGUCCGGGAGGUCCUCCAAAACAUGUCCCCAAGGAUGCCAAAAUUGACGUUCGAGAAGUUGAUAUUUCUGGUACCCAAGGACAUAUUCUUGAAGCUCUUCGAGGUGUUCAUGUGCUGUUCUCGGCUCUUGGCUACUCAGCAGCCCCUCACGAACCAAAUGUCCUUGAAGCUGCAGGAAAGACACCGGGGUUCGUGACAUUUAUCCCUUGUUUCAUCUCUAUUCCUCUUCAUCUAGAGGAUUACGAUGUGGUUCCUUUUGCCAAGCCCCAACUCGCAUUUCAGCGCAGGGCCGCUGAGCUUGGUGUCGGCUUCACCAAAGUGACUACGGGUGUCUUCGCAGAAGAUUUCUUUAACGGGGUAUUUGGAACGGAUCCUAGAUUGAAUCAAGUCACUGCGGGCCAGAGCCAGCUCACCAAUCCACUACCUAUAUCGACAUUGGAUCACAUUGGUGAGGCCAUAGCAGAUAUUUUGUGCAGAGACCCUGUCUCCAUCACCAAUAAGGUCUUCUCGGCAGUCACUUUGCGGUCCACAGGACAAGAAUUCCUUGCAACUUUCGAAAAGUUGAAUGGUAGCCCACCAAAGUUGAUUAAUUACUCGCAAAAGGAUAUCGAAAGACUUUUACAGGAAGCGUCAAUGGUCGGCUUGCUCAUGACUCUGUACAUGAAACAUUGGGGUAAGGUGGAUCUUGUCUAUGAAAACCCCAUUCCACCGUUGACUCCCGAGCCGUUGGAGGGCUUCUUGAAGCGCUUUAUCAAGCAAGAUUAA